GUACAUAGCGGCAUUUUGUAUCUUAGCAACAUCCAACGAAAAGAAAAUCACGAUGUCUUUCCGUGAAAUGCGAUUAUUCACAGAAAUAAUGCGAUCUCUGGGAUACCCAAGAGUUAUAUCGAUGGAAAAUUUCCGAACACCAAACUUUCUUCUGAUUGCAGAAAUUCUAAGGUGGCUGAUUGAACGAUACGACUCUUAUGCUGAUUUACCAGUAUGUCUUGACUCAGAACAAGAUCGUGUAUUGUUUAUUAAAGUUGCGACUCACCUCAUCUCUUCUAAGGCAUGUAUCAGACUGAACAGCAAAAAGCUGUAUCAAGCUGAUGGAUUUGCAGUAAGGGAACUCAUGAAAAUAACCAAAAUUUUAUAUGAAGCACUGAACAACAGUCAUACUGAAUUUAAAGAUGAACAAAAUAUUCUUAACAUAUCGGAAACAUUUGAUGUUGCCAAAAUUAAGCAGCUUCAUGAAGCUAGAAGUCUAUGUAGUCAACUUGCAUCAUCUGGUGCUUCAUUGCAUUCCUUACUUAAUAAAGAAAUAGAUCUCAAGGAACUUCGUGAUUUCUCUCUAAGACGUCAGUUAGAUAGUGAAUACGUUGAAAAAUCAUUAGCAGCAGCCAAAAAUGCUGUCAAAAUUCAAACUGAGAAAAUCCAGUCAUCUCUUACCAAUAUUGCUGCUGAUGAGAUGAAUCUAGAUGCUAAGAUUGAAAAGAAACGCAGUGAAUUAGAACGUAAUCGUAAGCGUCUAGUAACCUUACAGUCCGUACGACCUGCAUAUAUGGAGGAAUAUGAGCAAUUAGAAGAAGAAUUGUCUUCACUCUAUGCAAUAUACUUGACGAGAUUUCGUAAUCUUGCAUUCCUGGAGAAUCAAUACGAAUAUCUCUUACAUAAUAUCAGCCAAAUGAAUGAAGAUGCGGAGAUCACUCUCAAGAGUAUUGCUGACCAAAUGAAAAUAUCUUCGUUUAGAGAUGAUGAAAAUCAGAGGACCGUUUUGAACUCUGGUGGUGAUGGUAGAUAUAAAAUGGACACAUUUAAUCUAAAAAACACAAUUUCUGCAAAUAAUUUUAACAAUGAAUUAGGUGACGAUGAUGACGACGAGGAAGACGAUGAUGAUGACGAGGAAGACGAUUUAAUGAAUGAUCAAGAUGAUGGUGAUGAAGAUGAUGAAGAUAUAGUUGUACAUGGUGAUUCAUUCCGAUAUAAAGGUGAUAUGGGUUAUACGAAACGAGAAGCGGUAAGAAACCAGCUUACACCUGGUUGGUCACCCAGCCGUCAUCGUAUUCCAGGAGCCGGUAACUGUGGAAGGAUUCAGAGUACCUACAACGAUGAAAAUUUCCAAUCAAGUGCGAAUAAUUACCCACCUUCAGACAUAGAUGAAUCUUAUCCAAGAGAAAUGAUCACCGUCCAACAAAGCGGUCUCAGAAAUCUAAUCUUAACAAAAAACUUUAUUCAAAACUACAUGAUGCACCUCUUGAAUCGACCACCACCACAACCUGAAACUCAUGCAGAAAUACCGCCAGAAUUACCAGUGAACACCAGACCUCCGACAAAAGCAAAAGCCUUGAACUCCAUGAAGCUGCUGAAAGCCAAGAAAGCAGCAAGACCAGAUGGAAUUCCACCGGAAGCACUGAAAACAGAUGCAGAUACAACAGAAGGCAAGCUGACACCACUACUGCAGAAGGUUUGGAAGUAAGGAAAGAAAGGUACCCACCCAUCAACUGACUGGAAGAAGGGCUACAUUGUCAAAUUUCCAAAGAAGGGAGACCUAAGUCUUUGAAAUAACUUGGGCAGAAUCAUGCUGCUGUCGACACGAAGCAAAAUGGUGAGCCACAUCAUCCUGGAGAGACUGAAAAAUGCUACGCAUUCAAAAUUGCUAGCGGAACAGGCUGACUGGCAUCAGGAAAAACAAACCACGCUCGGAUCAAAUUGCAACGCUACCCUUGCGCUACGCAUCAUCAUAGAACAGAGCAUAGAAUGGCAGUCAACUGGAUCUUUACCACAACUCCAUCUACUUUGAAAAACCCUUCGAUAGCGUUGACCGAGAAGUAAUUUGACAGGCAGCUGCUUCAACACUACAGUUUUAGUGCAACAAACCCUUAUCAACCUCAUUCAACAGCAGCUAUAUGCUAUAGUAUAUGAUACUACAUGCAAAGUGAUUCACAAUGGAGAGCUCAGUGAUGCCUUUGAAGUGAAGACAGGAGACAGGAGUAAGACAGGUGUGCUGCCUACUAUCACUGAUCAUCUUCCUCAUUGUGGUCGACUCGACUCUACUCGACUCGACUGAACUGGACUGGACUGGAUAAUGCAAGAGACAACUGUGAGGAGCGAGAAGAGGGAUAUGUGCUUGCUGGACCGACGAAAGACCGACCCUAGAAGAAGAUUUGGAUUGUAUCACAGAUGAUGAUUUCUGUCUAAUAUCUUGUGGCAAAACUAACAGGUUGGCAGAAAAGGCAGGGCAGCGAAGACGUGACACGUUCAGAUGAACGUAGAGAAGACAGGGGGAUGAAGAUACCCACCCACCACCACCACCACCACCACCCAACAACAACAACAACAACAAUAACAACAUGUACCAAUCACGAUGGACGGGAGAAAUGUAAAGGAAGUUGUCUCUUUCACCCACCUGCCUAGACAGCAUCCUUUCAGCUACAGGCGACGGUGGCACAGAUGAGGAUGUCAAAGCCAGGAUUUGAAAAGCAAGAGAGGCCUUUAUUAAUCUGAAGUCAGUGUGUAGAUCUACUGCACUGCACUGCACUCAGCAUAAAGCGUGAACAACAUCCGGAUUUUCAGCACUAAUGUCAGUCAAGUCAGUGCUUCUAUGUGAUAUGGCGCAUCACAAAAAGCAUUUCCAACAAACUACAGACAUUCAUCAACAGCUGCCUACGCUGGCUUGAUACUGAAGAUCAGAUGGCUAGAAUAAUAAGAAUAGGUAACAAGGAACUCUGGCUAGCUGUCUGGCAACGAACCAACCAAGAACCCAUCUUCCAACAAAUAUGCAGAAGAGAGUGGAGAUGGAUUGGAUUGAGCAUACACUGAGAAGACCACUUGGCGAUAUCACGCGUCAGAUCAGACCAUCGAGUGGAACCCGUAUGUGAAACGACGAGUUGGGUGUCCGAGGCGAGGUUUACAUGGAGGAGAUUGUGUGAGGAAGAAAUGAAAGCUUGUGGGCAGUCAUGGAGUCAGGUUAAAAGGACUGCAGAGAAUAGAGUAGAAUGGAGAUGUACUACUGAAGCCCUAUGUUCCACUAGGAACCUAAAGGCCAAAUAACAAUUAUAAUAAACCUCCAUAUCAUGGCCCUGUCUUACACCAUUUUAUUCACUCAUAGGAAACCUUUACAUAUGGUUGUAGCAUUAAAUUUUCUGAGUAAUUUUUCAGAAAAUGUUAUUCAGAGAUUAUUGUCGGUCAUUGAUGCUAAUAAUAUUGGCGAUGAUUUAUACAUUUACAGCGUAGCAGUUCAGUUGCAAUUAUUCGAAAUGAAGACAGUCAAGAUUGUAUGGGUAAUAAUGAUUAUGUCUACGAACGUGGUAUUAUGAAAGAACGUUUAUGUGAGCAAACAGCUACAAAUAAGCAGGCUUAUUCAAAAAAUACUGUUCAGCCUGAAGAGAACGAAGAUGAUGACUUUUAGGGGAUGCGAAAACAAUAAUGAUUUGUCUGUUCAUUUCCAAUUUUCGGCAUAAUAAAAUUUGCUGAUAAC